AUGGGCUCAUGUAUUACUUAAAAAAAAAAUAUUUCUACUAUCAAAAUAAUUAACAUAUAAAAGGAUAUCCAAAAUACUGAUUAAAAUGAUUAAUAGGUGUUAAUCUAGAAUACCUUACCAGAAAAACCUCAGGAAAAUUAAUAGGUUUAAAAAGAAAAAAAUGAGGGAGAAAUUGAUAAAAAUUUCAAAUUGUCUCUUUUAAAUAAUCAGAUUUUGAAUUAAAAAAAAGAAAAUACACUUAAUUUAAAUUUACGUAAAAGUGACAUAAAUAUAGAAAAAGCUACUGCUAUACAGAUUCAAUUAAAAGAAUGCUAAAAUUUGGCACAUUUUACUUUGGAUUUAAGUGAAAGUAAAAUUUCAAAUACGUCUUUAUUUUGGAUUGGUGUUGGGCUAAGUUCAUGUACUAAUCUUAUAUAAUUAGAACUGAUUUUAAAUUAAAAUAAUAUUACUUGCUUUGAAGUUAAAUAAUUACUCUAAGGUGCCAUAAUAUGCGAACAAGUUAAUAUUUUAAAGAUUCAUUUAGAAUAAAAUAGUAAUUUUUUAUUUUCGGCAGAUAUAUAAGAUGGAUUUAUUAGUUUAGGAAAGUUUCGAAAUCUUUAGAAAUUAGAUUUAAACCUAAGGAAAUGUUAGAUAGGAGACAAAGGAAUCAAAAUUAUUGGAGAUGAAUUAAAAAGUUGCAUUAAUAUUACCAAUUUAAUCCUUAAUUUAUCAUGCUAAAAUAGAAUAACAGAUAAAGGUUUAAUCGAAUUAUGCAAUGGGCUUAGUAAAAAUCUUAAAUCUUUAACUCUUGAUUUUUCAGAUUAGAAUUAUAUUGGAGAUAAUGGCCUAUGUGCACUUGGGUACACUAUAGAAAAUUGCUUUAAUCUCUAAAUUUUUAUUAUAAAUUUAAGUCAAAAUUGGAUAUUUUACAGAGGAGCUUUUGGUUUAUUUACAAAGUUAAGAAAUCAUUCUCGUUUAACAACUUUAGAAAUAAAUUUAGAAUAAAACUAUGUUAGAAGUAAGGGUUAAAAGUAUGUUAAAGUUUAGUCACUUAAAAUGAUUAGGCUAGUGAAUAAAAAUAUAAAAUAUUGA